AUGCCCACUCCGCCAACCCCUGAGGACAUCCAGUCCCGCCUCGGCGUCAGAGUCGGCGACAAUGAGUCUCAGUACGAUGAGAUCGUGGCGUUCACCGAGCAGAUCAUCAACAAGAACUUUGCUCACCUCUUCGAGUUGUAUCCUGCUAUGAGCAAGAUCAACUUUGAUGACCCUACUGUCGGUAGUAUUGAAGCUGUCAUCCACCCCUCCCAGAUCAUCAUUCCUAGCGACAACUCCUCAAAGAUCAAAGAUGUUUUGUUCCAGAUUCGGUUCAAAACGGGUCGUUUUCGUUCCGCCAAUGGCCUCGUUGAGAUUCCUAUGGACGGCUGGAUCUUGACCGUUGACUGUCCCAUUGGAACUCAGGAAGUACUUGGUGUCACUGAAACCGGCCAGCCAAAGUCAACCGAUGUCACCAAGCAGGUCUUUGCCGUGCCUGGAGACUAUACGGCCGAGCAUCUCGAGUACGUGUACAUCUUGAACGCUGAGAAUGCAUUCGGCCUGCUGACGUAUGGUGAAGCCGCGAAAUGGGGCAACCCAUUGCCGAAGUACAGCACUUUUGGGAUCAACGAGAAGACAAAGAACCCAAAGACUUACAAGGAAUGGUGCGAUGAGUUCGACCCAGCGGGCAAUGCCAGUGCCACCCUUAACAGCAUCCUGUCUGGCUGGGCCAAGAAGCAGGAGGAGAGAGGGCGUUCCACUUUGGGAGUUACUUUUUCACUGAAAGAUCCUUCGACGAGUAAGCAGCUCCCACCAACAGAUCACUUGAACUAG